CAUGCUCGCACUCUAACUUCCCUGAGUAGUACGCAGUGUGUGAGAGAAAAGCACCGGAGUGCAUUCUCAAGGGGGGGGAAACCUGAGCAUUUACACCUAGUUUUUUUUUUGUUGUCUUUUUUACUCUCUGCUGCUGGAUAAUGGAAUUUUAACCAUGUGGAAGAUCACUGCCUGGCUUUCCUGGAUUUUGCUAAUGCCAUUCCCUCUUCGCUCCACCUAAAAAGGAUGGAAACCCUGGAGUCGGAGCUGACGUGCCCGAUCUGCCUGGAGCUGUUUGAGGAUCCCCUGCUGCUUCCCUGUGCCCACAGUCUGUGCUUCAAUUGUGCUCGCCGCAUCCUGGUCUCGCAUUGCACUUCAGGUGAGCCAACUGAUGCCAUCUGCGCCUUCCAGUGCCCCACGUGUCGCUAUGCCAUCUCACUGAGCCCACAGCGUGGUCUGGACGCACUCAAGCGCAACGUCACCCUCCAGAACAUCAUCGACCGUGUCCAAAGGGCUUCGACUUCUGCCACACUUCUUCUUUCCUCCAGCGGCCACAGUUCACCAGGUGACAGCCCUCUAGGCGCCAUGACGACUGCCACUGCACCCUCCUCGCCCACUGAGCUGGUGCAGUGCCAGUUUUGUGAGCAAGAACCGCCGCAGUGUGCUGUAAAAACCUGUGUAACAUGUGAGGUGUCCUAUUGCGAGGAAUGUCUGCGUGCCACACACCCCAACAAAAAACCAUUUACUGGACAUCGCCUUAUUGAACCUAUGCCUGACUCGCACCUUAGAGGCCUGCAGUGCCUUGAACAUGAGGAGGAGAAAGUGAACAUGUACUGUGUUACGGAUGAGCAGCUCAUCUGCUCCCUCUGCAAGCUGGUGGGACGCCACCGCGACCACCAGGUGGCAGCGCUGAAUGAGCGCUUUGAGAAACUAAAGCAAACAUUAGACUCUAACCUCAGCAAUUUGAUCAAGAGGAGCAAUGAGCUGGAAUCACUAAUGGGGAAGCUGAUUCAGACCUGUCAGCAUGUGGAGGUGAAUGCAUCACGACAAGAAGGAAAGCUGAUGGAAGAAUGUGACAUCUUGAUCAGCAUAAUUCAGGAGAGGAGACAGAUCAUUGGUGCCAAAAUCAAAGAGGGCAAGACGGUGCGACUACGUAAACUGGCACAACAAAUUGCCAACUGCAAGCAGUGCGUAGAGAGAUCAUCUGCUCUCAUAACUCAAGCAGACCAGACGCUGAAAGAAACCGAUCAUGCUCGCUUCCUUCAGACUGCCAAGAGCAUCUCAGAGCGAGUCUCAAUGGCUACAGCAUCCUCUCAGGUCCUGAUACCGGAGAUUAAUCUGACUGACACAUUUGAUACCUUUGCACUGGAUUUUACCAGAGAGAAGAAGAUGCUAGAAAGUCUUGAUUACCUCACAGCACCUAGUCCUCCAGGUAUCCGAGAGGAGCUCUGCACAGCAUCCUAUGACACUAUAACUGUGCACUGGACAUCUGAUGAUGAGUUCUCUGUCGUUUCUUAUGAGCUUCAGUACACCAUCUUUACUGGCCAGUCAAAUAUUGUCAGUCUCUGUAACUCUGCUGACAGCUGGAUGAUUGUGCCCAAUAUCAAGCAGAACCACUACACCGUUCACGGCCUGCAGAGUGGCACCAAGUACAUCUUUAUUGUCAAGGCCAUUAAUCAGGCAGGAAGUCGCAGCAGUGAGCCUGGAACACUCAAAACCAACAGUCAGCCAUUUAAGCUUGAUCCAAAGUCUGCACACAGGAAGCUAAAAGUGUCCCAUGACAACCUGACAGUGGAGCGUGAUGAGAUAUCCUCAAAGAAGAGCCAUGGCCAGGAGCGUUUCAGCAGCCAAAGCAGCUACGGUGUCAUAGGAAACGUGUACAUCGACAGUGGACGCCACUAUUGGGAGGCUCUAAUUGGAGGAAGCACUUGGUAUGCCGUAGGCGUAGCCUAUAAAUCAGCACCCAAGCACGAGUGGAUUGGGAAGAACCCAUUUUCAUGGGUGCUGUGCCGUUGCAACAAUUCCUGGGUGGUGCGCCACAACAGCAAAGAGAUGGCCAUCGACCCCUCACCACACCUGAGACGAGUUGGUGUGCUCCUGGACUACGACACAGGCUCUCUGGCUUUCUAUGAUGCUGUGAGCUCUCAGCACCUCCACACCUUCCAUAUCACCUUCACCCAGCCCGUUUGCCCCGUUUUUAAUGUCUGGAACAAGUGUCUUACAGUCCUAACAGGCCUCCCGAUCCCAGACCAUCUUGACGGUGUGGAGGUUUUUGACUGAGGCUCUUUUGCCUAUUUUUUUUUUUUUUUACUUUUUUUCCUUCAGCUUUUCCUUCAGCUCUGGCCAUGACCUUGUUGGCCACAUCAUAUUUCAUUAAUUUCAUUCAAGUUCAUUAAGAUGUUUUAAGAAUACACAGUAUAUUUUGACAGGAAUUGUCAUCUUUUUAUGCAAAAGUAAAGGCUUGAUAACCCAUGAAUUCAAAUGACAAAAAAAAUUUUUUUCCAUUAGUUUUACUGUAUAAUAACCAGUGAACAUGUAGGAAGGCAAGAUCACAAUAAUUUGAUAUCAGGUAUUUUGGAAAGAUUUUGCACAUGACUCUAUAUUAUAUCUAUAUUUAUGAAAAGGGGAUAGAUCACAUUGUAUUCUUAUAAUUUGGUGCAAUUUUGUGAUUAGGUUUCUUAGUGCAAUCUCACUUAAUAGGGAAUUAAAAAAUAGUACGCAAUAGAUUAUUUUUUACUUUAUAAAAUGGACAAUGCAGCAGGACUGAUUGCAUGUAUAAAUGAAAGACUUUUUACAGUUUAGGUCAAAUGAAAGCUUGCUUGUCUUUUGUUUACUUAUGGCUGAUGUGGUAUACCUGUUUUUGUUUGUUUUUGUUUUUUUAAGCAUAAAAUUUUGUUUUAGAUUCAUGAACACACUAUCAGUACAUAAAUGAUUAGUAUUUUAGAGACACAAUCUAUGUUGUGUGCUGACAAAAAAUACACAAUUUGUACUGUUUUGUAUUUGCAUUUGGAGAAGACUGCCUGCAAUUUGUUUUGUCAGCCUUUUUAAUGUUUCAUUAGCAAUGGUGGCACUAAGUUCAUUUACCGACCUAACAUAGCUUAUUAAAUCAAUAUUAAAUAAAAAUGCAACUUCCUGUA